AUUUGUUUUAAACUAUGACCCGGAAGCUACACGACACUUCCGCUUUUUGACAGCUAAGAUAGCAGCACGCGGGUUGUGUAAGGAAGGGCACACGAGAGUACAACACUGCCUGCAGCAUUACAUAAAGCAGCACUUGUAAGUGGAAAUGUCGAACCUGUCAGCAGCUAGUAUUGAGUCUUCACCUGCUAUAGAGGGGACAGAGCAGAAGAAGCCUCUGAAACCUUGCUGUGCGUGUCCUGAGACCAAGAAGGCAAGAGAUGCCUGCAUUAUUGAGAAGGGAGAAGAAAGCUGCACAGACCUCAUAGAAGCUCACAAGGAAUGCAUGAGGGCGCUUGGUUUUAAGAUCUAACCCCAUCAUGAUGUGAUUGCGUGGAUGUUUGUGACUGGCUGUAUGACAUGGUCCUGGUGUGUGCUUCAUUUUUAUUUAUACUGAAACACUGAAAGGAAGAUUAUGUGGUACGGAAAUUGUUUUUUGAGGGAAAUACUGUCUAUUUUUCUUUUUUUAUAUGUGCAAAUUGAUACUUAAUAUGAAUAAAGAUCCUAUGCAAGAUGUUUUAAGUCACUCUCUCUUCUAAGUUUACCAUUGAUUAAUUAAAAUGAAGAGAUUUCUAUAAUGAA